UCACCGUGAGCCUGGACGACGGGGAGGGCGGGACCACCACGCGUGUUCUUACCCUCCCUCCGUGGCCGGCUGUUACCCAGGGCCCACUAUCUGGUGGUGAGAGUGGUGGUGGUGGCGGCGGCGGCGGCGACGACGACAACGAGGAGGAAGACUGGGAAUUCCCGAACCCAAUUACGGAAACGGGCGAGUUAGAGCCCGAUGAGCCAUCCCCGACGACCAUGCCUACUUGGCAAACAUAUCCACCAUACAUUGUCGAGCCCGUUGACGAGGAAGACGGCGGCGAAGAUGGCGACGACGACGACGAUGAUGAUGAUGAUGACGACGACGACGACGGCGGCGGUGGGAUCAUCACGCCCUGCAACCUCUGGUUUUUCAAUGUAUGUUGUGCUCUCCGUUUACUGUAGCAAACGCAGCCUGUGCUAAUGGUCUCCAGUUCUGCGGCGGAGGAAGAGUUAAAUCUCUCAGAUGGCGCCUGCCCCCUGGCAUUUACCCACCCGGUCCGCCACCCCCGGAUAUCUUAGGACCCCCUCCGGACCCCAAGUGGAGUGUUAUCCUGCCGCCAUUGCCACCCUGGCCGGAAAUCACCGUCGGCCAUGACAACCAACUCACCUACAGCGAGGAGCCCCCCUGUGAAACUGAGUCGGCCGAGCUCUGCUCCACGACAGUCACACACUCGGAGACACUGGUUGGGACAACCACGUCGACGGCCACUGAAACCUCGUCCUACUGCGGGACAGUAUAUGGCUGCGCCGCAACAGGGUCGGAGACAGCCACAACGACCACUGCAACAGCUUGCCCCCUCGCAGCAAUGGCAACAACGGCCGCGGACGACGGCACAUUUGUGCCGCCCCCACCCGGCUGUCCGGCUCCUGCCAUUGUCUACCCCAAGGACCCUGAGAACGUGGGCAACAUCCCGAGCCUACUGCAGGGGUAUAGCGACUACGUCGAGGUCGGGCAGACCACGGAGAACUGGGUAGCGUUCUACUGGAUUCCGAAGCUGGGUCAAGACACCAUGAACGCUCUGAGACAGUCGCCCGAUGUCGCGCAUGCAUACUAUUACGAGGAGUCAAACUACAACAUAGGGGCCCCCUUCACGCUGGAGGACGAAGAGGAGGACGAGGAAUCUCUGUACUGGGAUAUUCCCUCCUAUCCCAAAGCUCCACUUACCCCGAGCAACCUCGACGAUAGAGUGUCAGAUAAGCUGCCAAAUGUUCGAGCCGCGGCGCGACAAGAGACAGGAACAGAACCAUGUGUCUCGAGACACGCCGUUCUGGAGUGCUUCACAGGUUUCGCUGCCCAAGGACAGUAUCUGGGGCGCGCCGGGCAGCAAGAGCUUUAACCCCAAAAAGGACAAGGGCAAAUUCUCGUAUCACUAUGACAGCGCGGACGCCAGCGAUACUUAUGUGUAUAUGCUGGGCGAGCGGGGGAUUUACAAUGGGCACGAAGUUUGUCCACCAAGCCGUGUUCUGCG